UUGGCUCAACAGAACCAGAAGAAAACCCAACUGAUGAUAACAUCAACAUGCCAAGCUCUCAUACAGGUGGCUCAGGUGAUGAAGAUAGAGAAGAUGGUGAGGAUCCACUGAUAACUGCUCUGAAGAAAAAGCUUAGAUCAACAAGGUCACCAGUGUGGGAUGAAUUUGAAAGGGACUGUAAAGUAAGAUACAACAGUAAAAAGAAUGCGAGGGAAGCUGUUGUACUAGGUACAUGCCAUCAUUGCAAGAAGAUAGUUGAUGCUGGUAGUCUCAGUGGUACUACAAGGUUGUCUAAUCAUCUAAAGAUUUGCCGAGACAGACCACAGAACAAGGCUGGACAACAACAGAUUGCUACUUCACUGAAAACAGCAGGUGGUAGAGUGCUUACAACACACAGAGCUUCAUUAGAUCCAGAGGUUGUUGAAGCAUUGUUAUGCUUAAGCGAUUGGUUGCCAGAUUUCAUUUGUGAUGAAGAUAUGGAAAUUUUGGAAACCGAAGACGAAUGAAGACAAGAGAGACCCUGUUUGAAUAUCUGUUAAGUUUUUACUUUCUUUAGCAUUUGCUUGUGCUUCUU